AUGGGGAGAAAACAAAUCAUUUUUAACCCCCUCCAGCAACUGCUUCGAGAACGACAGCAGAUGGCCAGCCGUCCCUUUGCUUCUGUUGAUGUAGCUCUGGAAGUGGGAGCUGAACAAACAGAGUUUCUGCGAGGGCCAUUAGAGGGGGCACCCAAGCCAAUCGCCAUUGAACCUUGUGCUGGGAACAGAGCUGCUGUUCUGACUGUGUUUCUUUGUCUACCACGAGGAUCAUCAGGUGCCCCUCCCCCUGGGCAGUCAGGCCUUGCAAUUGCCAGUGCCCUAAUAGAUAUUUCACAACAGAAAGCUUCAGAUAGUAAAGAUAAGACUUCUGGAGUCCGGAAUCGAAAACACCUUUCAACACGUCAAGGAACUUGUGUCUGAGAAAUGGAAACCGCUCCUGUAUAUUCUGUACUGUUUUACUCUGGGCUUCUGUUAAAGCUGUUCUAUGGCCUCGGAUUUUAUGGAAGCAAAUCUCUGUAUCAUCCCGAGCCUGAGUACAGUUUCCUUCCAAAUGGGCAGUGACCCAGGUGGCCAAAGAAUGUUCAUGAGUUUUAUAAAAGUAUUGAUGGUCACAGGCGAUAAAGUCCGUUUUUACCACUAUCUUAGGCUUAUUAUAGCUAACAUUAAACUACUCUGGAAAAAGAUGUAUAUUGUUUCUUAAUGAAGAUGAAAAAUAUGUAAUUCAUAUAAAUCAACUGUUUAUAUCCCAAGACUUUAAAGAAAGACAUUUUUUAAUGCCUGAAUGAUGAGAAUUGUACAGUUUUUGCCUCAUAAGCCAACUUGAAUCACCUGUAUAUGAAUAGGGAAUGAAUACAUUGCAAUGGCUUUAAAUGCUCUUUUAUCUCGUUGUAAAUGUGAAGGCCAGAUUUUGAUGUAGUAGGAUGUAGGUAAUGUAUUUAAAUAUUUCACAUGACCAUAUCAUGUCCAAACUCAGUCUGAGAAUGUGACCGCUUUCCAUCUCACUGGAAUGCAGAUCAGAAUGAGUUCAACUCAUUCUGUGCAACUUCACAGGAGGUUUAUUAGAAUGCUCAGUGUAGAGGACAUUCCUGUCAUCCAUGCCAACUGCCUAACUCAUUAUCAGAGCUGAUAGAGCAUGGAAAAGCCUGUCCAGCAGUCAGUUGUUCCCCUCCUUCCAAAAACAGCCUCCAGUGCCACGACCUGAAGAGAGCCGAAAUGGUUAUUUUACAGCAUACAAGCUUCUGCUCCAGUAUGAUAAUUUUUAGUUGCCUAAGAAUCAUUGGAUCAGACCUAAAUGAUCCAUCUGCGUUUUUAUAAGAAUGGAUCUUUCUUUGCCCUUCCUCUCCUAGCUGCUAGAUUUUAACUACCUUUUACAAAUGUUACAAAAUGUAUUUUAGAGGCAACGUCUCUCAAGAUGACCUGAGUUCCUUCCUGCCAACUGUUCCACUUAGAAUACAAGUAGAGAAGAGCACUGGCUGGCAAGCAUCAACAGAGUCUUCUUCCUAACAUGAGCCCAUCCCUGACAUGAGAAAAAAUCUGUGGUUUAGAAAAUAUGAUCAUGGUUGCCCACAGUCAGCAUACUCUUAAUGACUCAAAAUUCUGAAUUAUGGCAGAAAGGAAAAAUAAAAUAGACUUCACAUUAGAACAUAAAAUCAUUUACAUCCUAAUACUGACCACAGUUCACUAAAGCUCAGUAGCAUUAACAGAUGUAGUUUGGAAUUGCACUUUCCUAACUUCAGGGUGAUGACAAGAUAUGUAUAACAGUGACAGAAAUCUCCAAAGCUGCUGUAUAUGAUAUAGCUUUGUUAAAUAUGAAGGUCAUUUAAAUACAAUUGAUGUUUAGUACUAUAUAUGUACUUUUCACAUUCUUUGGAUUUCUGAAAGGUAAUGACACCUUACUGUUUACAGCUAAUGCAUAGUUACUUGCAUGCCAUGGUUGUACAGUAGCAGACUACGACCCUAUCAUGAUAUUAAAUGUUUAUUUCAUAAUGCCAUCUAUACAUAGCUUAAUUUGAUGAGGAUUGAAUGUAAUAUAUAACAGGAAUGAUUAUACAAUAUGUAGUUGCAUCUUAUAUAAGAUUGCUAGGUUGCAUCUUACCAUGACUAUGUCAUUAUUUUGAUAAUUAGGCAUUUAUGAAUUAUAGUAUAUAUUCCUCAUGUUGGCAUGAUAAUUUUGCUAUUUUCCAUGCAUUAAAAAUAAGACAAAUUCUUAGAGUAAUUUAGUAAUUUUAUCUAUAAUCUGUGGGGGUUUUGGAGGGGGAGGCCACUGGUUGUUUCUACUUCCCUGUGAUAUUUUCUCUCUCACUAAAGGAAUGAGCUAAGUUUGUAAAUGUCUCCUAAAAACAAUCAAGUAAUUUUAUUAGCUUCUUUUGGACCCUUUAAAUGUUGACUUCUCCCAUUAAAAAAUAAAUUGAUAUAACUAGUGAUUACAAAGAUAUAAUCAUUUUAUAAAAGUGAUGGCCCAAUGUAUUUAAUUCUCUAACAAUUGUCACAAGAGAAAGCGUAUGUAAUAAAAAUAUAAAAACAUACAGAUUUAGAUGUAAAAUCUGUAUCAGCUAUAUUUUUAGGGAGGCUAAGCAGAUGGUAUUACUGUGGAAGAAUUAUCAAGUUUUAUUCACCUCAAAUCCCACUGGGUUCUUAAAACUUGAAAAUUCAAAUUGUAGAGGAUUAUGAGACACAAUGCAAUGUUAACUUAAAGUCAUACUAUACCUUUCUGGGCCAAAUAUUGCUAACUCUGUGGCUAAUUAUGCAAUUAGUUCUCAACUUAUCAAAGCUUUUUACUGGCAAUAAAUUCUUUGCCCUCAGGUGAAGUGGAUUGAAAAGACAUCAAGGAUCAAGGAUAAUCACUUUGAGUCUGUGUCUUGGUUUUUCCCCCUACAUUCCAGACAGUUUAAAUUUGGAUGUUUUCAUUUUGUUUUUUAAAUAAAACCACACAAAUAUGCAGAUACUUUCCCAGAAUUUCUCAGUUAAAUGGCUGAUUCUCUUGAAAACUAACCUUAAUGGAAUUGUAAACAUUUCAGUUUAGAAUGACUUUGAAAAAUUCCUUAGAUUUUAGGACGUUUUAUUCUACCAAAUAUGAAAAAAAAAAUUGGUUAAAUACAGUGGAGUUUUAAAAAUUAACCUGAGGAUUCUAUUUGAACUAGAAAAUUCCUAUUGGAAAAGAAUUUGCACAUACAGAUUCAGCUAAUAAAUUUUAAGAGGAUUAGGAUUCUCAUAAUUGCUUUAAAUGAAAAUGCAUUUUAGUGAUACACAGAGAUGCCAUAUACUAUAGUGUUAUGUUCAAUAGGAAAACUUCAAAUAGGACAUGUUUAAAAAGGUAAUUGAUCCUUGCUUUACUUCCCAACAUCUCAUUUUCUUUUGGCUGCAGUAAGAUAGAGGUGACUAUGGCUGCAGUUUAUGGCAUAAGGUCAUUUAGGGUGCACACUGGCACAUAGGCUGGAAAACAGGCACUGGACCCAGCUUUCAGGUGUGUGGUGCUGGGUGCGUUUCACCUUUGAAACUCAGGCUUCCAUCUGUAAAGGGCGGCAAUGGUGCCCACCUUUCGAGGCAUUGCGAGGCUAGAUGGUAACACAAAAAAGUUCCCACACUGGGACCUUGAUGCAGCAUAGCUGGCAUUAACAACCGUGGGGACACUGGGCCACUCUUUUUCUACCAGUUGUUUUAUGAAUCCACCUAUUAGUUUUCAUCCAUCUUUUCAUCAUAGGUAAAGGUCAAUCAGGUUUUUCAAAAAGACUCCCUGAAUAACUUAAGUUCCUGUAUUUCUAAGAUACAGGGAUUUCUACGAAACGAAUUUGACAUUUGGUCAAUAAAGACUUAAACUCUUCUUAAAUCUCUACAGUUUUAGGAGAGUAUUUCAUAAAAUUACUGACUGAUGACAUUGAGACAAGAGCAUCAAUGGUCACCUUUCACAUACAAAUUAGGCAAGACAGGGUCAGUGCUUACAUUUUGUGGUUAUACAUGAUACAUCUUUUUUCAGUGAAGAUAAAACUAUGAUUUGAAAGGUGUCUUAUAUUUAAAAAAGAUUUUAAAAUCUUUUUUUAAAAAUCUUUUUUAAAAAAAGCUGAUCAAAGGAACUAUUUCUACCCGCCUAUGCUCUUUUUAAAUGUCAAGUUUCAAAACCCAUUUUUCAUACACUAGGGUGAGUUUGAAAUUUACCUGAUUACAGGAAUUGCUUGGGUUCAGGCAGAUUCCCACUUUCACCUCUAGAGAUUUAGAUUCAGAAACACUGGGGUAGGCCCUGGAGAGCAGUACUCUUAAUAAGCUCCUCAGUGCUUCUUACCAUUAGGCAAAUUAGGGAAACGGCAUUGGGUCAAAGUGCUGCCUUUAUCGACCAUUAGAGGGAGUUCUUUAAAUAACGAAGUUAUUGCUCUAAUUCAAAAUGCGUUAAAGAAUUUUCCAAGGAAUACAAGCCAUCUGGUUGGUGUUACAGCAGUGUUUUCAUUAGAAUGUACAUUUAACAUUUUAGUUUUAUCAAAAUUUUUUGAAAUUAAGAAUUAGAACCAGAACUCCUAUCAGUAUAUAUGUACGCCGGUGUGCAUGCCAGGGUUAAAAACAGAUUGUGUAAAAGUUCAAGCCCAUUUUAGAAAGCCAACAUUUUAUAUUAUAAUGUGCUGUUAAUCAGGACUUUAUUGAAAUAAAAACAUUGGCUCUUCCAACCCCCACUGCCAAA